AUGAGCAAGCCAAGCGGCAUAUUCGAGGUUCAGCAAAGGGUGAAUUUCAACCUGACAUACUUUAGUUCAAACUACAUCCUCAUCACAGCCAUCAUCUGUUGCUACUGCAUUCUGACCAACCUUUUACUGUUUUUUAUUCUGGCAGCCGACACGCUUGUUGUCUACUUGACACAGCUACUGUUCAAGAACUCGGACGAGCUUCAGUUCAGAAGUUUCAAGCUAAGCAAAUCAGCAAUCUACUCCACUCUGUUGCUGAUCAAUCUACCGCUGCUUUUCGUGGCCAACCCGUUCACCACGUUGAUCUGGCUUGCGACCGCGAGUGCUGCAGUUGUCCUGCCCCAUGCAGUUUUUAUGGAGAAGCCACUAGACGCCUCCUUUGCCGAAGUCGUUUAG